GCCAAGGCGACGAGGGCCUGAACUGAGAAAGAAAUGUACACAUGUCGGUGCAAGGCGUUGCAACAGAAAUCGCUGUACUCAGUCCCGAUAUCGCUCUCUUCAUCCUGUUUGAGGUUUGGAGGAAAGGCCAUCGAUGUCGAUGAGACCUCGGUUUUCUCACACACGGCGUCAAAGACGAUGGUAUGCGAGUUGUGGGUCCGCCGCUGCUAUGAGUAUCACAUAUUCAGAGAGGCGAGAGGCGAACACACGCCUACAUUGGUGCGUGCGUCCUUCAACUUCAUCUCCGGUCCUUCGCAACCAACUUUGUCACCCUGGGCCCAGGGCAAGACCAACAAGAGGAAAAGCUUUUGCCCUCUUCAUGACCUCUGCGUUCCCUCAACACGCCUCGAUCUCCCAAUUGAUAUUUGAUACACAUACGCACCUUCUAUCUGCG